AUGACCUCCUCGCGCCGACCACAGCACGACCGGCCCAGCAGUGGCGAGAUAUCCUCCCUGGCCAACACCAACUGCUCCAAAGGACAUCUUCACCCAUCCUGGAACACGACGGGCGUAUUACGGAUCGCAAAAUGCGAGUCGGUGUGCGGUUUCUGCCAGAAAGAGACAAAGACGGCGGCCAACCUGAGAAAACACGUGGCGAUACACAUCAAAAACGAGGGCUUGAAUCUGGCCAUUGCGGAGGGCAGUAGUGGGAGGGGUAGAUUAGAAAUGCCCCCAGCGCAACCCCAGAUGCAGGAUCGCAACCGCUCUUCCUCCUCGCAAUUGUCCGCCCGGACCGACGACUCCGAACCCAUGGAUGCCGAAACAUCCUACCAACGGACCUUUGGGCACCAGACGGCCGACUCCUUCUCCCCGUCCGCGGUACUCAUGUCCAUGGCCUCACACUCACAGCCCCACCCAUCCUACACGCUAUCAGCUUCCGCCUCGCCCUCCCCCUACCCGAACUACACCACCAGCCACGCGGCCAGCUACACGCCCUCCCCCUUCCGUGGCCCCGUGUCGUCCAGCAGCGGCAGCACCAGCACCGCCGCCCCCCUCGCCCGGGCUCACUCCCACUCGCCGGAUCCCUUCCGCGCGCUGCGCGAGCAUAACAUCGGCACCAAGUACGCUUGGACGGUGAUCCCGGCGGCCGAGGGCUUCCAGAUCCUGGACCUGUGCAAGCAGCUCAGCGUGGCGCGGGCCGGCGACGGCGCCGCGGUGCCGUGCUACAACCGCGAGACGAUCUUUGACGAGGAGUGGCAGGCCCACAUGAAGGACGUGCACGGCGUCUUCCUGCUGUGGCCCCAGACGUGGAUGCGGCGGAUCGAGGUGCUAGAUCUGGACGCCUUCGGGGGCGACAUUGGGGCUUGUAAUGACGUUAUCAUGGAUGUUUGA